ACUUCACUCUCUCUUUCAUUCUUCACUUCGUUUCCUUAUAGGCAAUUCAAAAUAUUGAACAUUCUUUACUAAUCUCUACUUUCUCUCUCACUUUCUUUUCUCAUCAUGGUGAAAAUGGCAACAUCUCCGUCUUCUUCUCCGGUCACCAUAACGGUCUCAUCCGGCGGAAAAACAGGGGGAAGCAGAAGCAUGGGACUAACAAGUCCGGUACCCCGUGCUUCAUUCUCCAACAACCCCAAUUCCCCUCUCAGCGCCGCCAGAUCAAGCAGAGCUUCCACCGGCGGCGGCGGAAUCAGGCGGCUAUCAGGUGGAGCCACCACUACCACCACCACCACCACCACAGACAACAGCAACGGAGAAAUCAACCCAGAAUUCGUGUCAUACACUGUUCAUAUUCCUCCAACACCAGAUCGCAGCGUGCCCUUGUCAACCUCACAGACAAGCCUCCCUGAAGAUUGCAAAAACCCUACAAGCUACCUCUCCGGUACGAUUUUCACCGGAGGGUUCAACUCCGUGACACGAGGCCAUGUAAUUGAUUGCUCCGAGGUGGAAAUCGACAAGCCGCCGCUGAAAUCUGGGUUGAUUUGUGGGAUGAAGGGUUGUGAUGAGAAAGCAAUGCAAAUUAGGGGGAGUGGUCCUUGUGAGUGUGGCUUCAAGAUCUGCAAGGAUUGUUACAUUGAGUGCGGCGGAAACCAUGGAGCGGGUCGGUGCCCUGGUUGCAAAGAGCCUUACCACAAGGAUGUGAGUGAGAGUGAAGAAGAAGAAGAGGAGGAAGAGGAAUCUGAGGGUGAAGAUCAAGCUCUGCCGUUACCUUCCAUGGCGGAAUUCAAAUUGGAUAAGAGGCUUUCCCUUGUGAAGUCCUUCAAAGCACAGAAUCAUCCACCUGAAUUUGAUCACACUCGCUGGCUGUUUGAAACCAAAGGAACCUAUGGUUAUGGAAAUGCUGUGUGGCCUAAAGAUGGAUAUGGUGGUAGCAAUGGAUACGAACCCCCGCCGGAUUUCGGAGAGAGAGCUAGGAGACCCUUGACUCGUAAGGUUGCAGUUUCAGCUGCCAUUCUCAGUCCAUAUAGAUUACUUAUUCUGCUGCGUCUUGUUGCCCUUGGUUUUUUCCUUACAUGGAGGGUUAGACACCCCAAUCAUGAGGCAAUGUGGCUGUGGGGAAUGUCCAUAACUUGUGAGCUGUGGUUUGCAUUUUCAUGGCUUCUUGAUCAGCUCCCUAAGCUCUGUCCAGUGAAUAGAGUCACUGAUUUGUCUGUUCUGAAAGAGAGGUUUGAGUCCCCGAACCUCCGCAACCCGAAAGGGCGGUCUGAUCUCCCCGGAAUUGAUGUGUUUGUUUCCACAGCUGAUCCUGAGAAGGAGCCUCCUCUUGUCACUGCAAACACCAUUCUCUCUAUCCUUGCAGUUGAUUAUCCGGUGGAGAAGGUUGCUUGUUACUUGUCUGAUGAUGGUGGAGCUCUAUUGACAUUUGAAGCCCUUGCUGAGACUGCUAGCUUUGCAAGGGUGUGGGUUCCUUUCUGCAGAAAGCAUCAAAUUGAGCCCAGAAAUCCUGAAGCUUAUUUUGGGCAGAAGCGUGAUUUUCUCAAGAACAAGGUUCGAUUGGACUUUGUGAGGGAGAGGAGAAGGGUGAAGAGGGAAUAUGAUGAAUUCAAAGUGAGAAUAAAUUCCUUACCAGAAUCCAUAAGGAGAAGAUCAGAUGCUUACAAUGCUCAUGAGGAGUUAAGAGCCAAGAAGAAGCAGAUGGAAGGUGGUUCCAGUAUCUCAGAACCCAUCAAGGUUCCUAAAGCAACAUGGAUGUCUGAUGGUUCUCAUUGGGCAGGAACUUGGGCAUCUGCAGAACCAGAACAUUCAAGAGGAGACCAUGCUGGCAUAAUUCAGGCAAUGUUAGCUCCACCAAAUGCAGAACCAGAAUUUGGUGCAGAAGCGGAUGCAGAGAACUUGAUUGACUCAACCGAUGUUGAUAUCAGAUUGCCUAUGCUUGUAUAUGUGUCUCGGGAGAAGAGACCAGCAUAUGAUCAUAACAAGAAAGCAGGAGCCAUGAAUGCUCUUGUUCGCACUAGUGCCAUCAUGUCUAAUGGUCCAUUCAUUCUGAAUCUCGACUGUGAUCAUUACAUCUACAACUCCUUGGCCAUCAGGGAAGGAAUGUGCUUCAUGCUUGACAGGGGAGGUGACAGGAUAUGCUAUGUCCAGUUCCCUCAAAGGUUUGAGGGCAUUGACCCAAGUGACCGAUAUGCAAAUCACAACACAGUGUUCUUUGAUGUGGGAAUGAGAGCUUUUGACGGCUUACAAGGUCCAAUGUAUGUGGGAACAGGCUGCAUAUUCAGGAGAACAGCUCUUUAUGGAUUUAGUCCUCCUAGAGCUACAGAACAUCGCGGUUGGCUUGGCAGAAAGAAAAUUAAGUUGUUUCUGAGAAAGCGCAAGGUGUCAAAAAAGGAAGAAGAUGAAGUUGUUGUGCCAAUCAAUGGUGACCACAAUGAUGAUGAUGCAGAUAUUGAGUCCUUGCUUAUUCCCAAAAGGUUUGGCAACUCUACUUCUCUAGCUGCAUCCAUUCCUGUGGCAGAGUACCAGGGAAGGUUGCUUCAAGACUUGCAAGGAAGGGGAACACAUGGAAGGCCAGCAGGUUCUCUUGCCGUGCCUCGUGAACCAUUGGAUGCUGCUACUGUUGCAGAGGCGAUAAGUGUGAUAUCUUGUUUCUAUGAGGACAAAACUGAAUGGGGAAAACGUGUAGGGUGGAUAUAUGGUUCUGUUACAGAAGAUGUGGUCACUGGUUACAGAAUGCACAAUAGAGGGUGGAGAUCUGUGUACUGUGUCACCAAAAGAGAUGCAUUUAGAGGAACAGCUCCCAUCAACUUAACAGAUAGGCUCCAUCAGGUUCUCCGAUGGGCAACAGGUUCUGUAGAGAUCUUCUUCUCUAGGAACAAUGCAUUGUUGGCCAGUCCUAGAAUGAAGUUCUUACAAAGGGUGGCAUAUUUCAAUGUGGGAAUGUACCCUUUCACCUCAGGGUUCCUGAUUCUCUAUUGCUUUCUUCCUGCACUAUCCCUAUUCUCAGGGCAGUUUAUAGUCCAAUCGGUCAAUGCAACUUUUCUAGUGUUCUUGCUGGGCAUCACAAUCACACUGUGCUUGCUUGCACUGCUUGAGAUCAAGUGGUCUGGAAUCACUCUACAUGACUGGUGGAGAAAUGAGCAAUUCUGGUUGAUUGGUGGAACAAGUGCCCACCCUGCUGCUGUUUUACAAGGACUGUUGAAGGUGAUAGCAGGAGUAGACAUCUCCUUCACCCUGACCUCAAAAUCUGCCACUCCAGAAGAUGGAGAUGAUGAGUUUGCUGAUUUGUAUGAGGUAAAGUGGAGCUUCCUAAUGGUCCCUCCAAUUACCAUUAUGAUGGUGAAUAUGAUUGCUAUUGCAGUAGGAGUGUCCAGGACUCUGUACAGUCCAUUUCCACAAUGGAGCAGGCUUGUAGGAGGGGUGUUUUUCAGCUUCUGGGUCUUGUGCCAUCUUUACCCCUUUGCAAAAGGACUGUUGGGAAGGAGAGGGAAGGUUCCAACAAUUGUCUAUGUUUGGUCUGGAUUGAUCUCCAUUAUUAUCUCCAUGCUUUGGGUUUACAUAAACCCUCCUGCUGGAAGAACACAGGAUUACUUGAAUUUCCAGUUCCCUUAGUUUAGAGGAAGAUGAAGUACCUCUGCUUCAUCUUGAAGUGUGCCAAUCAUUUGUAUGAUUAAGUCUAUGUUGUAUUAAACUGUGAGUGUGUAUCCCAGAAAAAUUCAUGCAGUACUUAGUUUCAAGUAAAAUGUUGUCAAUAUCUCGAAUGACCGAGAUAAAUAUGUGUUCAAGCAAUAUCAUCAAUAUUAUACUUUCUGUUAUUCUGAUUA